CUUUCGUCUUUCUGUGUCUCUAUCUUGCCUUCUCUUCUUUCCAAAUCAUGCUUCAGGAGGGGCUGACUUAAAGAGAGGCUGGGGGGGGGGGGUCUCAUUUUUCUCUACGCGCUCAAGGACAGAUUGAGGAUCCUGCAGAGGAAGGGCCCGCGUGGGGCGAUUGUGCGGCGCCGUGGGUUUUGGCCUGGGGUGCCGCUGCUCAGACAAGGCCUCGGUUACGAUCACGACCGGUUGGCGGCGGCCUUGCGUUCCUUCUCUGCCUGUCGCUAACGGCUGACUGGGAGACUAGAUUAGGGGGCAUUCGGGGCGUCAUUAUGUGCCCACAACGAGGGUAGGGAAGCCUUCGCCAGUCUCACUGGGGACCUGAGCUAAGGCCAAACCAGGCUCCGUGGAGUCUGGCAACUUAGGGAGCUGCGCUAGGAAGCUCCUUGUCGGCUUUUCCAGGCCUGUGGGUGCUAGCUCAGGCUUUGACUGCGAUAAGGGAGCCCCGCUAGGAUAAAGCUUGACUGCUUGCUUGCCGGAGGCUUCUACCAGGUACAGGAUAUGUUAGAUAAGGCACCCUUGUGCAGCUGGGUGCUGGAGAAAGGGACCCUUCCAAGAGCCAGUAUGUUUUAGAUAGAUGAAAGGAAUCCCAAAUUCCAGAACCACUGGGAUACAGACUUGAAUCCUUGUUCCAAGUUGUAGUCUACCAGUGGAAGCCAGUGUGACCGUUCUCAGUACCGGGAACUGAAAACAAACCAUCCCUCCCUAAUCUCCAACACACACACCUCUUUAGAAUCAUGCCCACAGAGCUGUGCUUCCCUUCCCAGCCUGGGCUGGAAGCUCAGGAACUGUUUUCAUUGCUCAGCCCACAGAUUUGCUAUCUGAAAGGGCGGCACACCCGGUUCUCUUCAACUCCUCCCUGCCAUUUUCCAGACCAGGGUACUGGAUUUAUUUCAGCCAUCUAGGUUUUAUAAGAACUCUCAGUCGAGAAGGGGUGGUUUGUAAUUACAUUCAUUUAUUAUUUCUUUAUGCACAUGAAAUCCCUUUCACUUCCAAAAUAAAAGCAGACCCCAAAGUCCAAUAUUCUGGCCCCAAACCUCAGGGCUGAAGGGGGACAAUAUUUGGUUUUGAUUUUUUCCCCCUCUUCUAGGCAUCAGUAAUGACUGCUUAACACGCUAUGCCUUCUAAUUAUUUAGUAAUGGUCCUAUUUGGGGACUAAGGCUAUUUAAAGGAACAGCCUUUUAUUUUAAAGAAAUUACUAAUAAUAAUCUGUGUCUUCUCUGGGUACAAAAAGCGGAAAAAGCAGUCGGCAUACCCAGCCCGUUUGCAGACAAUUACAAUUAGGAGCGAAGGUUUCCUCUAGGAUUAAUUUUUUAAAUGAAAAUCUCUGAGGUCUUGUGCACUGCGGAAUAUUUAGGACACCUUGGACUGCUGUGGGGGUGGGUAUGACUCAGAGGAAUUUACAGGGCAAACAAAAUAUUAGGGGGGAGGGGGCUGAGGCGGACAGGAUGGCCACGUCGGAGUUCAUUGUGUUGGCCACUUCCCUCUUCCAGGCGCCCGGGCGAAGGAAGGGGCACCGCGCUUCGCACGCAGUCUCGCUUCGGGAAAGCCUGGUAUUUGGGGGGUCCCCGCCCUGGUGUGUAUCAGGGUGUAUAGGGAAGAUUACUGGAACUCCUGGUGAGAAUGAACGCAAAAGAGAGAGAGAUGGAAGCGUCCGAGGCCUCCAGCUUCGCCGCCAGGGAAGUGGGCUAAUGAAAAACACACUCUUACAGGCAACAGUAUUCACACGUGAAUUUGAUUACCCCGUUUCUAGGAGUCGCUGCUUUCUGUUAGGAAUUGGGGUGGGUUUUUUCCUUCUAAUUAACAGUGGCUUCGGCCUUUUAAUUUACGCCCCCACCCCCAGCAAAAGGGAUGAGAAAUAAACUUCCCCAAUUUGGCCAGGCCAAGGAAAGGGAUUCAAGUCAAUGUCUCAUGCUCCUCCCCAUUUUAAUUUCUAGCCCUGGACUUUGAGCUGCAAACGCCUCAUUUUGGGCCUUGUGCCUUUCUGCUAAGUGGUCCGGGCCCGUGGGUAACCAAGGGUGGGCCUGGAACAGGAGUAAUGGCUGGAAAGGGAGGAAGGAAAGAACCCUGAAAGGCUCACGGAGCCCCAGAACAGGCCACGCUGGUGUGGGCCAUUGGAGCCGCGUGGUCUCUUAGGCGGGGUUGCCUUUUCCCAAGUUGAACUCGCCUUCCAUUGACGCCACUUGGAGUUUUUUUCCUCUGCUUCGGUUUGGGGAGUGCGACGAAGCUUGCAAAGCUCAGCGUUAGGGCCUUCAAAGAUGGAACCACAGAGCUGGUCGCCAGCCGCCUGAGCCCAGGGAUUGUGACGAGGAGCUGGGCCCGUGUGUGCGCGGGAUCGAGGCCAGGGGCUGAGUAUGCAGCACAACCAGGCCCUCAAACCUUUGCCUUGGGGAGGCUGGCCGCUCCCUCGCUGGAGGAGCAACGGCGAAUUUGGGGGCCGCCCGGGCUCCCUGUGCUCCAUGCAGGCAGGCUUGGGGGCCCACAACAGGCAGCAACCUCUCUGCUGCCGGUCCUUGCCCCGCGCGCUCUGGCAGGGGCCGUGGCGACUCUGGGACAGAUACUGUGUUGAAUUUGACUUUUCGCGGCCGGCGUGGGGUAAACUCGCCUCUCCCGGGGACCGCAGGGAUUAUUUACAGGGACCUCGCCAACCAAACACAACAGUCUAGUUUAACCUUUCCAAGUCCUCAUAAAUUUUUACAGCUGGGAGCCACGGCAAGGCAAACGAAUCUGUUGGUUGUUCCCGACUUCGACUUCCCACCAGCCUGUGUGGCUUCUGAAACAAUAACUCCUUAUGAAAUAUCAUAAAUAUAGAUUUAAAUACAGUAGAGCGAGAAUGCGAUUUGGCUGCUUUUUUAUGGCUUCAAUUAUUGUCUAAUUUUAUGUGAGGGGCUCUGCCGGCCGCACUCGCACGCCGGGCCCGCGCCUUCCUGAUGGCGUGAUUAAUUGUGAUAUAAAAUAGUCCGCUUAAGAAGGGGGGGGAGAGAGUACAGAGGCAAGGCCAGAUUUGAUCUUUUAAUCUUCGUUGGCCACAAUUAAAACAAACCCGAUCGUGGAGCGGCGCGAUCCCUUUGCUUAAAAACAUAUGGCUUUUGCUAUAAAAAUUAUGACUGCAAAACACCGGGCCAUUAAUAGCGUGCGGAGUGAUUUACGCGUUAUUGUUCUGCCGGGCGGGCACGUGACGCGCGCGGCCAAUGGGGGCGCGGGCGCCGGCAACUUAUUAGGUGACUGUACUUCCCCCCCCCUUGGUGCCACCAAGUUGUUACAUGAAAUCUGCAGUUUCAUAAUUUCCGUGGGUCGGGCCGGGCUGGCCAGGCGCUGGGCACAGCAAUGGCCACCACUGGGGCCCUAGGCAACUACUACGUGGACUCGUUCCUGCUGGGCGCCGAUGCCUCGGACGAGCUGAGCGCUGGCCGCUACGCGCCCGGGGCCCUGGGCCAGCCCCCUAGGCAGGCGGCGGCGCUGGCCGAGCACCCCGACUUCAGCCCCUGCAGCUUCCAGUCCAAGGCGGCGGUGUUCGGCGCCUCGUGGAACCCGGUGCACGCGGCGGGGGCCAACGCUGUGCCCGCUGCGGUGUAUCACCACCAUCACCACCACCCCUACGUGCACCCCCAGGCGCCCGUGGCGGCGGCAGCGCCAGACGGCAGGUACAUGCGCUCCUGGCUGGAGCCCACGCCCGGUGCGCUCUCCUUCGCGGGCUUGCCCUCCAGCCGGCCUUAUGGCAUUAAACCUGAACCGCUGUCGGCCAGAAGGGGUGACUGUCCCACGCUUGACACUCACACUUUGUCCCUGACUGACUAUGCUUGUGGUUCUCCUCCAGUUGAUAGAGAAAAACAACCCAGCGAAGGCGCCUUCUCUGAAAACAAUGCUGAGAAUGACAGCGGCGGAGACAAGCCCCCCAUCGAUCCCAAUAACCCGGCGGCCAACUGGCUUCACGCACGCUCCACGCGGAAGAAGCGCUGCCCCUAUACAAAACACCAGACGCUGGAACUGGAAAAAGAGUUUCUGUUCAACAUGUACCUCACCAGGGACCGCAGGUACGAAGUGGCCCGGCUGCUCAACCUCACGGAGAGGCAGGUCAAGAUCUGGUUCCAGAACCGCAGGAUGAAAAUGAAGAAAAUCAACAAGGACCGAGCAAAAGACGAGUGAUGCCAUUCGGGUUUAUUUAGAAAACAGAGCGAGGUAGAGAGAGAAAGAACUGUGCGUCCCCUUCUCCCUUCUCUCACCCCCACCCUAGCCUCCACCAUCCGGGCACAAAGCGGCUCUAAACCCCAGGCCACAUCUCUCCCCAGGCAAACCCUGCUCAGGCUGGCUGGCAGGCCUGCCGCUUUGAUGGAGGAGGUAUUGUAAGCUUUCCAUUUUCUAAAAGACAAAAAAUUUAAAAGGGGGGGGGCAUUAGCGGUGAUAGCUGUGUGUGCUAGCUUGUAUAUAUAUUUUUUAAAAAUCUACCUGUUCCUGACUUAAAACAAAAGGAAAAAAAACUACCUUUUUAUAAUGCACAAUGUUGACGGCAGGCUGUAUAGUUUUUAGUCUGUGUAGUUAAUUUAAUUUGCUCUUUGUGUGGCAGAUUGCUCUGCCAAGAUACUUGAAUACUGUGUUUUAUUGUGGUAAUUAUGUUUUGUGACUCAAACUUCUGUGUACUGGGUGACGCACCCGUUGUGAUUGUGGAAGCUAGAAUUCAAUUUGAACUCAGGUUGUUUAUGAGGGGGAAAAACAGUUGCAUAGAGUAUAGCUCUGUAGUGGAAUACGUCUUCUGUAUAACUAGGCUGUUAAGCUAUGAUUGUAAACUAGCUGUAAGGAUUUCCCAGUGAAAUAAAAUUUUUAAAAAAGUGUUCUCGGGGAUGCAUAGAUUCAUGGUUUUCUUCACUUUUGAAAUGUGGGCAUUUUAGUCUCUACAUGAUCUAAAGUCCUGUCUUGUCCAUUGUAUAUAUAAUCUAUAUGUUAAAGAAAAAAUACAUAAUCAGACAAGUUUGAAUAUUGUUUUUGCACCAAACAGUGAGGAAAUUCGGAGCUAUACGUAUGUGCAGAAGGUUACUACCUAUGGUUUAUGCUUAAUUUUAAUCGGGGGAAAAAAUGAAUGCUAUUGUAACGGAAUUAAUUUUAUUGCUAAUAAAUUAUACACUAUGAAACCGCCAUUGGGCUACCGUAGCUUUGUAUCCUUGGUGAAUCUGGGGUUUCCAUUGGGCUGAACAUAACACUGUAUAUUUUGCAAUAAUUACCUGAAGGCCUACUGACCAAAUUGUUAUGUUGAGUUGAUAUUUAACUUUUUGCCAAAUAAAAAUAUAUGGAUUCUUUU